AUGAGUUUUUCUGGAGAUUUUGCAUUAAGUGAUCAAAACACCUUAAAGAUAUUACGUCAAGUUGAAUUUUACUUAAGUGAAGGAAACUUGAAUCGUGAUAGCUUUUUCAAACAAGAAAUGCAAAAGCGAGAUGAUGGUGGUAUCCCAAUAGGUUUGUUGCUAAAAUGUAAUCGUAUGAUUGCUAUGAAUGUUACUGAGGAUAUUCUAAAGAGUGUUAUUGGGAAAUCGAAAAUCCUGAAGCUGUCUGACGAUGGGUUGGCUAUUGUCCGAAUGUUUCCAUUAUCUGAAUUGGGACCUCGUGAGAAACGAACAAUCCUAGUUACAGAACUUCCACGUUUGUCCAUCGAGAUAACUGAAGACGUAGAUGAGAACAACACUUCUAGUCACAAUUCAAAAUCAAAUGAGAAUAAGCUGAAAAACAUGAGUUCAGUAAGUUGGGAACUCAAUGACUGGAUACGAAAUGUAUUUGAAGAAUAUGGUGAAGUUUUAUAUGUCAGUUUACCACGCUAUCAUCACUCCAAUUCAUUUCGAGGAUUUGCUUUUGUUGAAUUCAAAACAUCUAAAUCUGCUAGAAAAGCUGUUAAACACAUGUGUCUUGUUGUUGAAGAAUGGAACAAUGGCUUGUACAACCUACAGAUAUCUGAAGCAUCUGAUUGUCCAGAAUCAGCAUGGAAACCACGACUUGCAGCCAAAGUUUCUUUUUCAUUGAAAGAAAUGUUAGCGCGAAGGUAUAUUUGGCGUUGUUGUUCUCGAAAGAAUAAACAACUUAUUACAGCGUUUAAACAUUUACGUCAGGCCGGAUACACUGCUAGUAAUCCAUGUGAUAGAGAAUAUUAUUCAAUUAUCCUUGGAGAUAAUUCUACAGAAGCUAUACUUAAUUAUGUUAAAAAUAAUCGUAAUUAUGAACUAUGUCAAUCUAAACUACGUGUAUUUCGUUAUUCGGAUUGGUUAUUUUGGAAACAAAAAUUUUAUUUAUGGCAACAAGCAUGGAUUGUUCGAAUGCAUCGUAAAACUGAAUUACUACUUAACAAUAAUAAUAUUAGUAAUGAUAACAUUCAUUCUCAUGAGAUUGCCAGUAUAAUAGAAGAGAAUGAAUCUUAUUGCAUGGAUUCUGAUAUGAAUCAAAAUCCAUUGUCAAUAAACAACUGUUCAAAUGAAUCGUCAACGAAACCAAAAAUUCUUCCUAAUAAUUUUGUUCCAAAUUCCAUUGUUCAGAUAUACUGGCCUUCAGCAUUGAUUCCCAAAGGAAAUUCAACAAAUACACCUUUAUCGGAUAAUCUUUGUGAUACACUAAUCACACCAAAGAAAUUAUCAUUUGCUCGUUUGUUACGUAUUAGUCUAGAAAAGAAUCUUCUUGUUCCACAUAAUCUUUUAAACGAUGUUGCUCAUGUCGAUCCAAAUCCUAAUCAAAUUCUAUUAGAUUCUGUUAAUCAAUUUGGAUGUAGUAUCAUACCAACUUCUAAUGGGCAUGAAUCAUCAUCACCACCACUCUCCUCUUCCUCCUCCUCCUCCAUUGAUUUCAUUCCACUUUUUAUUCGAAUGAAAAAUAAUGAUGCUGCUCUAAGAUUACUACACUCUAUUGAUUGUUCUACAACAAUCCAUGGUGUAACAGCACGUAUUCUUGAAGGCUUAAGUGAACAAGCAUACUGUGAUAAUAUUGUCAAGUCUCGAGUGAAUGCUAGAGAACGUCAUCGUACUUCACAAUUAAAAAAACGUCAAAAACAAAAAUCUUCCAAUCCCACUCCUCCUAUAUCAUUCAAUAAUUUUAUACCUCCUAGUAGUAGUAGUAAUAAGACUAACAAUUCUAAGCAUAUUAUAUUCGAUGAAUAA